UUGGCUGCCCCGCCCCACGUGACGCCGGGGUGGCGGCGGUGGUUGCCCGGGUGACGGCUGCAGAGGUGGCGGCCGGGCUGGGUGAGCGCGAGUGUCCGCGGCCGAGCAGCAGAGAUUUUUGCUGUGAGAAUUAAUUACCAGUAACAGUUCAAUAUGGGGGACAUUCUGGCUCAUGAAUCUGAAUUACUUGGACUAGUGAAAGAGUAUUUAGAUUUUGCUGAAUUUGAAGACACCUUGAAAACAUUUUCAAAAGAAUGCAAAAUAAAAGGAAAACCAUUGUGUAAAACAGUAGGCGGAUCUUUCAGAGACUCCAAAUCAUUGACAAUUCAGAAGGAUCUUGUCACUGCAUUUGACAACGGAGACCAGAAGGUGUUCUUCAAUCUGUGGGAGGAGCACAUUCCAAGUUCCGUCCGAGAUGGGGACUCCUUUGCCCAGAAGCUGGAAUUCUAUCUCCACAUCCAUUUUGCCAUCUAUCUUUUGAAGUACUCUGUGGGGAGACCGGACAAAGAGGAGCUGGAUGAAAAGAUUUCCUACUUCAAAACCUACCUGGAGACCAAAGGGGCAGCCUUGAGCCAGACCACAGAGUUUCUUCCUUUCUAUGCCCUUCCUUUUGUUCCCAACCCUAUGGUGCACCCCUCAUUUAAAGAACUCUUCCAGGAUUCUUGGACUCCAGAGUUAAAGAUGAAGUUGGAAAAGUUUCUAGCUUUAAUAUUUAAAGCCAGCAACACGCCAAAGCUUUUAACAAUAUAUAAGGAGAAUGGACAAAGUAACAAAGAAAUGUUGCAGCAGCUCCACCAGCAGCUGGUUGAAGCUGAACGUAGGUCAAUGACAUACCUCAAACGGUACAAUAAGAUCCAGGCCGACUACCACAAUCUCAUUGGAGUCACAGCAGAGCUGGUGGAUUCUCUAGAGGCCACAGUCAGCGGCAAGAUGAUCACCCCUGAGUACCUCCAGAGCGUCUGUGUCCGCCUGUUCAGUAACCAGAUGCGGCAGAGCCUGGCACAUAGUGUGGACUUCACGAGGCCUGGGACGGCAUCCACUAUGUUACGAGCCUCCUUGGCACCCGUGAAAUUGAAGGAUGUCCCAUUACUGCCCUCCUUGGAUUAUGAGAAACUGAAGAAGGAUUUGAUUUUGGGGAGUGACCGCUUGAAAGCCUUCUUGUUGCAGGCUCUGCGCUGGCGCUUGACCACAUCCCAUCCUGGAGAGCAGAGGGAGACCGUUCUGCAAGCCUACAUCAGCAAUGACCUCUUGGACUGUUAUAGCCACAACCAGAGGAGCGUGCUUCAGUUGCUGCACUCCAAGAGCGACGUGGUGCGACAGUACAUGGCCAGGCUCAUCAAUGCUUUUGCGUCACUGGCAGAAGGUCGCCUCUACCUUGCCCAGAACACAAAGGUGCUGCGGAUGCUGGAGGGAAGGCUGAAGGAGGAGGACAAGGAUAUCAUCACCAGGGAGAAUGUUCUUGGGGCCCUGCAGAAGUUCAGCCUCAGGCGCCCGCUGCAGACAGCGAUGAUUCAAGACGGCCUCAUCUUCUGGCUGGUUGAUGUUCUGAAGGACCCUGACUGCCUGUCUGACUACACGCUGGAGUACUCGGUGGCUUUGCUCAUGAACCUCUGCCUCCGCAGCACAGGGAAGAACAUGUGUGCCAAGGUGGCAGGCCUCGUGCUCAAAGUCCUUUCGGAUCUUCUUGGCCAUGAAAACCAUGAGAUACAGCCAUAUGUGAAUGGAGCUCUGUACAGCAUCCUUUCUGUUCCAUCCAUUCGUGAGGAAGCAAGAGCAAUGGGAAUGGAAGACAUCCUACGCUGCUUCAUCAAAGAAGGCAAUGCUGAAAUGAUCCGUCAGAUAGAAUUCAUCAUCAAGCAGCUAAAUUCCGAAGAGCUACCAGAUGGUGUUCUUGAAUCUGAUGAUGAUGAAGAUGAAGAUGAUGAAGAGGACCAUGACAUCAUGGAAGCCGAUCUGGACAAAGACGAACUGAUCCAGCCCCAGCUCGGAGAACUCUCAGGAGAGAAGCUUCUGACCACGGAGUACCUGGGGAUCAUGACCAACACGGGGAAGAUGAGGCGGAAGGGGCUGGCUAAUGUGCAGUGGAGCGGGGAUGAGCCCCUGCAAAGGCCCGUCACCCCCGGCGGCCACAGAAACGGGUACCCAGUGCUGGAAGACCAACACACACCUCCCCAGACAGCCCAGCACACCAGAAACGGCCACCCGCAGGCCCUGCCAAACGCUCACGAGGCUGUCUACAGGGAGGGCAAGCCCAGCACCCCGGAGUCCCGCGUCUCCUCUUCAUCAGCCAUCAUCGCCAAGCCAGGAGAGUGGCUCCCAAGAGGACACCAGGAAGAGCCUCGCCCAGCCCCCACGGGGACCCCCCGCCAGCCAAGGGAGGCGCCCCAGGACCCAGGCAAUAGAGAGACCACCAGGGAAUGUGCAUCAGCCUUCAUCUGCAAGCCCCGGGCCCCCUGCACUCCAGAGAUGCUGGACUGGAACCCACCAAAGGCAAACGCAUCAGUUCUGGCCCCUCUAUUCUCUUCGUGUGGCCCCCAGCAGGCCAGCCGCCCCGACUCCACAGCGUCCUCCACAAGGGGCCUGCCGAGUAAGUCAGCCUGGGCCCCACUGGCGUGGGAGCCUGGCCACCCACCAACCUGGAGGGAAGGGCAUUUUGCUGCUAUAUUUGGCCCCGUGCUCCUGUGUGUGCCAGGCCAGGCCAGAAGGGCAGAAGGCCUGCUUCCCUUCCCCACACAACCAGGCUCCAGCAGGUGGCUUCCUUUCCUCCAGGGACCGGUUCUGCCUGAAUCUUCCUUCCGAUUAAAUUCCCUUUGGCCUCAGUGACUCAAACUCAAGCUGAGGAGCGAGACCUCCAGGCAGGUCACUGAGAGAGAAGCCCCUCCCCACUUCCCUCUGUGGAGCUCACAGAGUUGGCCCUGAGCUGGCCCUGCUGCCCCGGGGUUGCCCCUGAAACUCGGAUCUCCCCUGGUGGGAGGUGGUCCAGCCCCUGGUUCAGCCACUGCGUCCCUGCCUGGCCCAGCCUUGGUCAGGCCAUCCCCAGGUCAAACAGAAGCGGGUGUCUGCUCGCAGGCUGGAUGGAGGGGCCGCCAGAAGGGCCUGAAGAUGGGAUGGGCCCAAGGGCCCCCACUCUCUCCCUGGGGCCUCCCUCUCACUCUCUCACCUGAGGCUCACUGUAAGGACCACUUCUCUGUCUUUCUCUGUCUCCUUCCAGCCUCUGCCAAUUGAUAGCCCCUCCACCUCCACGCCCCAACUGAGCUGAACCUUCCUAGAGGGCUUUACCAAAACACAGGGAAAACAAAAGGACAGAACAAAAGGCCAGGCAGGAGGAAAGGAGUCCCGCUUAGGAUAUGCGCAUUUCUGUGGCCACCCCCAGCCCGCUCCACCCUGCUACCUUCCGGGCCAGGCCCUGGGCGCUCUGGUCAGCUGGGGACACGCUGGGCUGGAAGUGGGGGUAAUGGCCAUGGCUGGGGAGCCAGGUUGGGACCCCUCCUGCUUCCCACUGGGAAACACACCCAAAACCCCAGCCCAGCCAGUCGCAGCCCAGGUCAGGUGCCAAGGAGGUGCAGCAAAUCCAGGGGAGGCUUGGCCAGGAGGAAGGUACCACUGGGGCAGGGAUCCCCAGUUCAUAGCGACAGUGACACCAGCAGCUGGUGGCUGACCUGGCUCCACAUCUAGCAGCAUAGCAUGGCCGCAGUGUGGACGGCUCAGCCAGCCUUGGGCGUUGUGUGUCCUGUGGGCUCAACAAACACAUGAGCUGUUGCCAGCAAAGCUGGCUGAGUGACCCGCACCAAGCAGCCUGCUUCCUGUGAGGAAGGAGCCGGCCCGCCAGUCGAGCCCAGGCCACAGAACUGGUGACCUGGGAGAGAGAAGGUUCCCUCGCUUCUGAGCCGGCUGAAAGAGGGACUGAGUGGGACAGAGGGGAUUCUGUGCGGAGACCGCAGAGCACUGGCAUCUUGCUCUGGCUUUUCUCUCCAGGCAGCCAGUCUCACGGGAAGUAAGGAUGUCCCCGGGUGUCCCCAUCACGUUGCCAGAGGACCAGCCAGCUUCCCGCUCUCAGCUGGCAGCAGCUGCCGGUGAUGGAUGUGAAGGGACAGUUGUCCACAAGACUCUGGGAGCUGAGGGGAGGCCGGCUCUCCAGGCAGCACCAGAGCAAAGCCAUCGCAGCCCCGCCGGCCGGGUCACUUUCUCCCGGGGCAGAGCCACCAAGGAGGGCUGGGGAGAGCCUGGCACUGCCCUCCUGGAGAGGGGAGUUUCCUGCUCACCCUUCACACACAGAGGAGAGGGGUGGCUUUUGCCUGCAGGAGAUCUUCUGGCCCCAGAAACAGCAGGUGCUGGAUUUGCAGCCCUGGCCCUCCAGGCCCCAACGGGGCGGCAGUGUGGGACCAGCCUGGAGCAGGGCUUUUCCAAGGCUGCUGAUGCCAGCUCUCCUCACUUGGACUGACUACCAGGACCCAGAAGGAACUUAGGGUGAAGCUCAUUUUAUUCCCAAGCCUGAGUCUCAGCAGCAAAGUUGGUGUUUUCUUCCUCUGUUAAAAUCUGAGAAAGAAGGCCAGGUGCGGUGGCUCAUGCCUAUAAUUCCAGCACUUUGGAAGGCCGAGGCGGGCAGAUCACGAGCUCAGGAGAUCGAGACCAUCCUGGCUAACAUGGUGAAACCCGUCUCUACUAAAAAAAUACAAAAAAUUAAGCCGGGCGUGGUGGCAGGCGUCUGUAGUCCCAGCUACUUGGGAGGCUGAGGCAGGAGAAUGGGGCGUGAACCCGGGAGGCGGAGCUUGCAGUGAGCCGAGAUCGAGCCACUGCACUCCAGCCUGGGUGACAGAGCGAGACUCCGUCCCAAAAAAAAAAAAAAUUCUGAGAAAGAAUAUGGUGUGUUCCAGCCUCUUCAAAGCUCUGCUCUUCUGCACACGUUUUUCGAAGGCCUUAAAAAGGCCACCAGUGUGACCAGGGAGCGCCCUCUGCCUCCCUCCCUGCACUGGGACCAUAAACAUAAGCAGCUCUACCAGCAAAGUGACCCGUCCCGCGGGGGAGGGCUGUGCGUGCCCCUCACCAGGGCUGUCAUCAGAAUCCAGUCUUAGGACAGAGGAAGGAUGUUUGCCUUCAGGACCAGCAAGUCACAGGUGUCCUGGAUGUUACCCAAGCUCUAAAAUCAAAUAAAACCCAUCGGUAUUUA